CACGCCCAUCUGGUUGAAUGUACUGUCCACGUCAGAGACACUUGCUAAGCUGUUGCCACGUAACCCAACUGACAUUGUAUAAUGUUUGGAGACCAGAAUAAAGCAAAACCCAAAGCUGAACAAGCACAGGUGUCAGCAGGUAAGCGGGUAAGAAGCAAACCCACGCAUGGCGAAGGCUUGUUAAGGUGACUUUUGGUAUUUGGAUCUGACAUUCCGUAAUUCAGAAACUAGAUAUGCAUAAUUACAUUUCCGAUCUUUAGAUUACCAAAGCUCGAAACCAACCCAUGCAAAUGUCUAGCUUAUUAAUUAUUAUUAUUAUUGAACUUUGUGCACCAAGCCAUUGAAACUGGAAUUGGAAACCUCAACUCUUUGGCAAAUACCCAAAUACUUGCACCUAAGCACUCUAUUCUAUAUAUGAGGUACCAUCUGUAGCCCAUUACACAGACCAAUCUUCUUCUGCUUCUCCAACUUCAAUGCCAUCUUCAUCGUCCGGGUGGCUCUACCAUUUUUUGCGCCCUUUCUUCAUCCACGUGUACGGCUAAUGUAUCUUCAAAAUCUACUCUACUGGUUCUUGCUGCUGCUGUAUAUUGUAUUAUAUAUUGUAUUGCAAGUUGAAGAUCCAUGAACGUAGUUUUAUUAAUACUCCUACAUUCGCUUCAUUUCUCUUAAUUCUUUCCCUUCCAAAUAUUCUCUGCAGUCGUGGUCAACUCUUUCGCAGGCGAUGUUACCUCUGGUCUUGACAUACUUUCUUCUCUUCUCACUGCUUUAUCAAUCACCCAUUUCCCAUUCUCUUCAGCAGAGUCAAGAGCUUCAACAUCCCUUUUUGGUUUCAAAUCAGUGCGAUGAGAAAUGUGGAAACUUGCAUAUCCCGUUCCCGUUUCACUUGAACAGUUCUUGUGCUUCAGUUUCCACCGCUUUCCAUCUCUACUGCUCCAACUCAACUACCCUUUAUCUCAACAUUGGCUCUCAAAGCUAUAAAGUCCUUGAAUUUUUCUCUGAUGGAAUUUUAGUGGACUUUCCUGAUAGCUCUACUUGUCGCCACUAUAAUGAUUUGAAUUCUUUUGGCUUCAGUGGAAAUGGCCACUUUGGGAUAUCGGUGGAUAACGUUAUUGGCUUGUAUGAUUGUGAAGAUUCUUCUUUGUGCAAGGCAGAAUGUGAGACGAUCGAUUUGCCUGCCUGUGAUGACAACUCCAACGACUCUCCUGCCUGCUGUUAUCCACUUUCCGACCAUAGUGCAUGGGAUAUAGGAGAUGGGUUUUCUGUGUUUUCCAAGUUUGGAUGCAGGGGAUUCUCUUCUUGGGCUAUUUCUCGUGGUUCAAAUACAGGAAAGCGAGGGGUUAAAUUAGAAUGGGCGAUUCCAGAUGGAAAUUCUUCCAAGAAAGCUUGUGCUAUUAAUGCAAACACAGUCAAUGCUACCACAGUUGAAGGAGGGGUUAGGUGCAAAUGCCAGGACGGCUUUGUCGGCGAUGGAUUUGCCAGUGGUGUGGGGUGUUUGAAAUCCUGCAUCAAGAAUGGAGUGGAAGCAAAUGGCACUGAGUGCUACACAAAAAAACAUAGCGAAAAAACAGUUUCCAUUCUAGCUGGAGUUGUUGGCCCAGUAUUCAUUAUUGCUUCCCUGAUUGCGCUGUUUUGUCUGUUGAAGAGGCCUGGUAAAUCCGGUGCAUAUGACCUUGAUCAGGCACAUUUUCAUAGCACAAUCUCAUUCAGGAAAGCUUGUAGAACUCGAUUAUUCACUUACCAAGAGCUGGAGGAAGCCACUAAAGGAUUUGAAGAUAGUCAGAAACUUGUGCAUGGCAGGAAUGGAACCAUUUAUGCAGGUGUCCUUGGCGAUGGUUCACAAGUAGCUGUGCACAAGGUACAGUGCGAAGAUCAAAGAGACCUAAUGCAAGUCCUGUCCCGGAUUGAGCUUUUAUCUGCAAUUUCACACAGGAAUGUGGCACGUCUACUUGGAUGUUGUAUUGACUCUGGCUACACUCCAAUGGUGGUCUAUGAGUAUCCUGCAAAUGGUACAUUAGAGGAACAUCUGCACCAAAGCAGAGGACUAGAGAAAAUUGGCCUUGAUUGGUACAAGAGAAUGAACAUUGCUGCUGAAAUUGCAUGCGUCUUAGUUUUCUUGCAGUAUGAAAUAUUUCCUCCUAUUUUUCACCAUAAUAUCAAAUCUGGCUGCAUAUUUCUAGACGAAGAUCAGUCGGUCAAGAUUGCUGGCUUCAGGCUACUUGAACCAUCAAGCCUUGCAAAUGAGUGUUACUCAAAUAAUAUAGGUGAUGUUUCUGACAUUGGUGUGGUGCUGCUAGAGUUAAUUACAGGCUCCAAGAAAAAAGACCUCCCAGCUGUAGCAUUGCAGCAGAUCAGGAGUGGAAAGCUAGAAGAAAUUGUGGAUCCAAGUCUUUAUUAUCACGAGCAACCCCCAAUUGGCAGAGAGCAGAUAGAGAUAGUUGCAGAUAUUGCUACGAGAUGCCUGUUGUUCGGUGGAGAUGGCAAAAUUGGAAUGAUGGAAGUUGCUAGGGAGCUUGUACGCAUUUCAAAAGAGAGCAUUGAUGGAAAUGGAAGCAAGAGGGGACCUGCACUAGAAGAAACCUUCUCAAAUUCAAGCCUCCUUCAGAUGAUAUCCAUGUCUCCUGACUCAAUAUAUGUGCCUUAAAUUUUGUUAAGACUGUUGUACAUUAAUUACAUACAUAUGCAUCUUUGCUUUAUCAA